AGGAAGUCCAGUCCUGUGGUGUGGAGAGAGAUGGGAAGUCCUAACCCCAGCGUCUCUCAGCUCCGAGAAUAAACACACACCUGCUUUGUGCUUUCAGGAGCUUUCACACUCUGGAUGAUUCAGGACCAGUUCCUGUCUGAACUGCACUGAUUUCUCUGGUUAGAAAUCUCCAGGAUGAUUUCUUUCUGUGGAAACUGAACUUCAGAUAAUGAUUUGGGAAAUUCAGAUUCUGUCAGGGAGAGAAAGCGAGAGAGAGAGAAGGAGUGUGUGAUGGUGGAGACCAACUGUCUUUUAAUAUUCAAGCUAAGUCUUCUCUGGUAAUAAUAAUAAUAAUAAUAAUAAUAAUAAUAAUAAUAAUAAUAAUAGCGUACUGUUUGUAACGUGUCUGCUGGGUAUUUUGAGUACUCUUGUGUCAGUGUGUAAUCUUACUGAAUUGGAGAACUCACUGCUCUGAGAGACAGAGCUACACUCAGAGAGGUCAAUUACUGCGUGAAGUCUGUGCUACACCAAGCUUUCACCACAAGGAGGGAGUUUUGUUGGGGGUUUUUUGGUCUUUCCUCCAGUCUGGACGGUGCUCCAGCACAGGAUCCGCGGAACCGAGCGCUUCAGCUCUUCGUGGAAGCUCAGGGAAAGAAGGAAGAUUAAUCCGGAAAGCUGCGGCUGCACGAGACUGAGCAGCACGAUGACCGAUUCCUCAGACAGCCAGAGAGCAGGUGAUGUGAUGGAGAAGUACACGGAGAUGAGCUUUGGCCAGGUGAAGAACGGCGCGGAUGUGUCGCGUUUGUCCUGCCUCGCGCGCAGUUUCGGAGAGGUCGAGCCGCUGUCCGUUUUGUCUGCUCCGAACACCGGCGGCGAUUUUACCGUCAGCGCGUGCCAGGAGCGCGCGGAGGACUUCCUGAAAAUCGAACCGGGACCGUGGGAGGACAUCACGGACAAAGCGUUCCCAAUCAAGGAGAGCACGAACUUAGAAAGCACAGACGUGUGUAAGUUCAUUAAAGGCGAGCGGGAGCCCACGCUGAUCACGGCUCCUCCGCGCGACGCCUUCGAUAUCGACGCGCUGGAUGUGUCCAACUCUUCCCUCGCCCCGGCUCGGCCGCCACUCAUGGACUGCAGUGCAGGAGUCAUGGUGGACAUUCCCCAGUCCGGUGCGUUAAUGUCUCUGUCCCAGAUGAAGCCCGAGGCGGCCGCUGCGCUCGGCUUUGACCCGGCGGGAGUGUGUAAGAGUGAGAUGGGAGGAUGGGACCCGCACCUUCUGUUUUCCGCCGCGCUGGCUGAAGAGCGACCCGGGCAGAUGGGCUUCUCCCCUCCGGAGGGCAUCCAAAGCUUCAUCCAGCGCUCUCCCGCAGUGUUCAGCGCGUUCCCGAGUGUACAUACACAGAGAACGUGUGUGAUAUGCGGAGACGAGGCGUCCGGCUGCCACUACGGAGUCCUGACGUGUGGAAGCUGCAAAGUGUUCUUCAAGAGAGCUGUAGAAGGACAUCAUAGCUAUCUGUGUGCCGGGCGAAACGACUGCAUUGUGGAUAAGAUCAGGAGGAAAAACUGCCCUGCGUGUCGUCUCAGAAAAUGCUACCAGGCCGGGAUGAUGCUCGGAGGUCGUAAGUUGAAGAGAUUUGGUGUUCUGAAGGCCAUGGGUGUAAGCCCGUCCCUGAUGUUCCAGGGCCACGCUUUGGCCUCCAUGCCAUGCAUUCCUGGGAUCCAAGAGCUGCAGUUUUCACCUCAGUUUCUAAACAUCCUUGAGAACAUUGAACCCGAGAUGGUCUACUCUGGCUUUGAUAACUCCCAACCUGAAAUCCCAAAUCUGCUCCUGAACAGCCUGAACAGACUGUGUGAGAGACAGCUGCUUCGGAUCGUCCGCUGGUCCAAGGCUUUACCAGGUUUCCGUAAUUUACACAUCAACGAUCAGAUGACCCUGAUCCAGUACUCCUGGAUGAACCUGCUGGUGUUCUCUCUGGGCUGGAGAACCUUCCAGAACGUCUCCCCUGAGUUCAUGUACUUUGCUCCUGACCUCAUCCUCAGCCAUGACCGGCUGAGGAUGACUCCGAUAUUCGACCUGUGCUUGGCCAUGCAGGUGAUCCCUCAGGAGUUUGUAAGGCUGCAGGUGACCAGAGAGGAGUUCCUGUGCAUGAAGGCCCUGUUGCUGCUCAACACCGUUCCUUUGGAGGGUUUGAAGAGUCAAAGCCAGUUUGAUGAGAUGAGACAGAACUACAUCCGAGAGCUGAGUAAAGCCAUCCAGAUGAAGGAGAAAGGUGUGGUGGGAAGCUCACAGCGUUUCUACCACCUCACCAAACUCAUGGACUCCAUGCAUGAGAUAGUGAAGAAGGUCAACCUGUACUGCCUCAGCACCUUCAUCCAGGCCGACGCCAUGAAGGUGGAGUUUCCCGAGAUGAUGUCAGAGGUCAUUGCGUCACAGCUCCCGAAGGUUCUGGCAGGCAUGGUCAGGCCCCUCCUCUUUCAUGGGAAAUGAUGUCAUGACACAGAGGACAGGAUUGUGGGAUAGCGUUUCCGCUCGGCAGCGUGACCUGGGAGAACUUGAUUUUUUCUUUAACGCUCUCAUGGAAAAAGAUGUGUAAAGAUUCCAUCACUGCUUUUGUUCUGAUGUUUAAAUUGAAGUAAAGAUAAAACUUUCACUUACACUUUCACUGUAACCGUCUCUCUGAGGAACGUCUCCGUCCUGCAGUAUAAUUCCAUGGUGAGGGCAAAUGUACGACUAAAACGUCGCUUUAUACGUUACACUUCGUCUUUAAUGUUUUGGUUUAAAAAAUAAAAAGACUGCAUCCCCGAUGAAGAAUGAAUUUGCAGCAGCGUGUCCGGCUCUGACGGCGUCUCAGCACCGCUGGGAUCGGGUUUUAUUGGGACUGUGUUUUAUCCGAUGUUUCUACGCUAACCAGCUUUCCUGUGUACGUUAUUAUUGUCAGGACUACAGAAUAAAACGAGCGUGGCAUGAAUCUCUCGGACGUCAAUAAAGAGUUAACGUAAGACUCCCCGUUUCCGCGAUUCGACCUCAGCGGACCUGGAGAUGGAGGGAGGAUCAUUCCGGCGUCAUCAGUCAAGGUCGUGGCACAUUCUUAUACAUUUAAAUGGAAAAGAACACGGAGAUCCUGGCGCCGGCCCGCUCCCUCUUCCUCCUCCCCAGUAGGCUGGAACUGCUGAUGAUUACACGUGUUGCUGCUUUCUGCGCAUGCUGCUCCGAGUCAUUAGGACUGUGUAACUUAAUGAGGUCAUGAUGUAGAAAUUUAUUGACAGUAAAAUGUUCACAUAUGUGAAAAAAAAACACUAAAUUAAUCUAAAACAGUGAUACAACAUUCUUCAGUUGAAUCAGUUUACCUGUUCGGUUACAGCACAACACCUGAUUAAAGACUGCGUGAAUACAGCAACAAGGUCACAUGCUUUUGUCUCACAGGUCACAGCAACAUUAACGUGUUUACCACAACGACACAGGACAGAAUUAUACAGCAUCAGAGUGAGUCUCAUACAGUGCAGGUGAAAACAUGAUCUACUAAUAAUAAAAACAAACUAAAACUAUAAAUCAUACUGUUAAAAAACAGGAAAAGAACUCCUUUUAUACGUUGAACAUUUCAUGCUACGCUCACAGACCUGCCGAGUCGGACGAGGAAUCACGGAGGAGUAAAAACGCAGCACAUUUUCAAUCGAAUCCUUUCAUAACGAACUAAAGUGGAGACUGGAGUGUGGCGUGUGUGUGUGG